AUGCCCCCUUCUCAGCCCAAUCAAUUCCUGUUGGCUGCCGACAACUCUCCCACUCUACUGCCCUUACUCCGAUCCGACCCCACACUCGCAUCUUCACAGGACGAGCAUGGAUAUUCUCUUCUCCACGCCGCCGCCUCGUACAAUCACAUCGAUCUUCUUCGGACACUCGUCAAUGAGUUCCAUGUUGACGUCAAUCUGAAAGACGAAGACGGAGAGACCGCUCUAUUCGUGGUGGAAACUGUGGAGUGUGCGAAGACGCUGGUGGAAGAGCUGCACGCAAGCAUUUCUCUCCGUGGGGAUGAUGGCACAACUGCUCUCGAGAAAAUCACCGAAGAAGGCGAUUUUCCUGAGGUUGCAGUCUAUCUACGGAUAAAGCAGCUGGAAAACGGCGUAGCACAGGCCCACGACGCUUCUGUCGCCUCUGAAUCGACUUCCAAUCAACCUCUCGCAAUCCCUGAAGGAGUGCAGAUCAACAUAGGGACACUCGCACCAGAUGAAAUUGGAGAUGAGGUGGUUGACCAAGAGUUCAAGAGGAGAAUUGAGGAGUUAGCAGCCCGCGAAGAUUUUCAGGGCGAAGUUGGUCAAGCACAACUGAGAGAACUCAUCACGGAAGCAAUUAGAGGUGACAUAGGACAUGAGAGGGACGUAAGAAGACGUACUAGCUGA